GUGGGGCAACUUCGCUCGCGGGGGUUGAGACAGCGGUGGCGAGCGACAAGGCACAAAGCGGUAAAAGAGAAGAAACUCUCCUCUUUUUCUGCCUUUCCAUGAUUGUGCCACCGGCAGCCAUCAUUACCAUAAAAGGUUGAUGGCGUCUGCUGCGGCUGCCCGCCUGCAAGACUUGUUGCAAAGCUUCAUUUCACACAACCUCGAUCAUGGCACGAAGAAACUGGUGCCCGACAGCGGCGGUGAGGCCGCCUCGUACACCGUGGCCCUUGACGCGGCUGACAUGUUGGAAGGCCUGCCCUUCUACGCCGCACAUCUUCGGCCACUCCUGCGCUUCGGCAGCACUUCUGUCUUCCCCACGAAAGAGCUGAUGGAAGAUGCAUCCAACAGCACCGAACGUGUAGCCUUUGCGUCUGUCCUGCAGUUUCUUGGCGGCGUGGUGGAGCGACACUUAUGCACCUUUGCGCAAGCCGUGUCAGCAGGGCCGUCCUUUGCGCACCUCAGCUCACGCGCCUCAAGCGCCCAUACGCCUUCCAGCAGCACAAGCAGUCUUGAUAGCACGGAGGAGACGCACAGCCGUGAUGAUGUAUUGCCUGGGCACGCAGCAGCAGCAGCGGCAGCAGCGCUCUCCGGCUUCGACGGAGGCCCUCGGGUGAACUUCGUAGCGUGGGUGGCGCUGGAGGUGUACCGGCACCUCGCCGCAGAGGCGGAAGCUUCCUUGCGUGAGCGAGGACGCGUUGGGUGCGGUGCCGCUGCGUCCGAUGCAGCGGUGUGCACAGAUGGCUAUUUUGAAUGGAAGCAGAUCCAGCGGGAACGCCUACACGCCGCGUUGGCCUCCACCGCAGCUGCAGCAUCUUGCAACGGCAGCAGCAGUACGGCAGACGUGGCAGAAGACAUCAACCAAAAGAAGGUGGCAGCAGCACCUGCACUCCUUCCUCUUGACCCCUUCGACGACCCAGACGAUUUGUUUACGAGCGAUCCGCAUUUCUUCUCGUCCUUUAUUCGCCAACGUCUGUUGCCGUACGUGAAGCAACACGUGACAAGGGAAGAGGUGAAUAGAGAGCGAGCCGACUUGGCAGAGGAGCUGCGCCAUUGGGUGCGGUUUCCUGCCUCCAUCACCUCAUUCCCAGCCACCUGCGAUGUCCACCGUGAUGCGGAGCUUCCGAAAAAAAUGGAGGUGCACGGCGAAAGGAACCACCUAAACAACCCCACGUCUGGGCCGAUGGUUAAUGUCUGGAAGCGUCUCGUGCAGUUACUUCUCGGCAGCGCCAUUGCACCCGUGUUGGCGGGAAACGACGUGUAUGCCGCGGACGGACUUGUGCAGCCGCAGACACCGGUGCAGGUGGCCGCCUAUGUGGCAGCUGCUGUGAUGGUGUCCCUCGCACCUGGUGUUGUGGGAUCGAUGACGCGGUGGCUGGAUCAGAUUAUCUCGAGCGUCAACGGGGACUGUGCGCCGUCUUCGAGUGUGAAGGUGGGACGGCGCACGCAUGAAGGGGAUGCGGAAUGCGUCGAGGCGAUGCACCAUGCGCUGGACGUAUGCACGCGGUCUGUGCAGGUCGUUCCGUUUCCGCUAUGCGACGGCCGUGAUGCGGAUGUGCGUGCCGACACGCAACUGGCGGGAGGGUGGUUGCUCCCCUCGUUCUCGUCGUCAUAUGCGACUGCUGGUGGCGGUCCUGCGACGUCGCCGCUGGCCGUGAGACGACAAGACACCCAUGGACAAGGGCUGCACCGUCAACGUCGGGCGGUGCUUCUUCCCGGACUGUCCAUCGCGGCCACGCGCAUCAGCAGUGUUGCGUGCGGGUUACCUUCCUCAGCGCAAAGCACCACCGUUGCUGGGGGAGCUCCUGACGCGGCAGCUCCCGCUGGAACGUGUGUCGUGUCCCCCGCACACGCGCUGGGGCAGUUUCUUGUUAAGGAGGCGCAGCUGGACGCGGCGGCGUUGGCGCCGUGCUGCGACGCUAAAUACGCCGCCGUCACAACACCCGUGAGUGCACUGCACGAGUCGUCGUUGUGCUGUGUGGAAUGGUUAGCACUUUUUACCGAGUUGCCGGACGAUCGGGAGCAGCUAACGGAAAUCCGUGCGUCUGUGGAUGUCGGCGUUCCUUCUGGGUGGGUGGUGCUGGUGGUCCGAGCCUCCGUCGCCAAGGCAACGCAGUCGUGGGUAGAGUCUACCUGGGGCAGCGCGGAUCGGCCGGUGUUGUUGCUGAGUGCGGUGGGGCAGUGGGGACUGCAGCAGCUUUCACUGCGCUUCGACGUGGAGGCCAACACGCCCUUCACAGACCUGCGUGCGUUGCGCGGUGUGCGCCUCCGUGAUGGAGCGGCAAAGGGCACCGCGAGUUGCGGGGUCGCCGCAUUGCUCUUGCAUUCCCACCAAUACGCGCCGUCGUUGAACGCGCAGGACACAACGCCGCAGUGUGGGACCCAACGCGCCCCUCGGCGACGGCAGCAGAUUCUGUACACCGAGCUACGCGAGCAGCUGCUGUUUGUCGUUGGUGCUGUGGCGUGUGAAGAAGUUGUGAAUGCAGUUCCGCCAACAAGAAAUGCAGAGGUGCGGACCUCCUCACCACGGCAGCCGCUACCAACCACGUCCAUGUUUUUCGCCGACUCCUCCGAAUAUGAGGAAGAAGAGGAGAACACGACAAGCAGUGCCGACGUGCACCACAGCCACAGCUACACCAGCAGCGGCAGCAGCAACUUCUCUACCCACUCCACCCACACAACCCUGUCAUCGCGAGAGGGCGCCACUCGCAAAAUGGCGCGGUGGUACAACAGCGCCGACGUGCCGCCCUUUCCCUUUGUCACGCGCAGUCUGUUGCUGGGGGCCGUCCCACGCGGUGCGCAGCGUGAGCUGAUCUACCAUUUUUGGUACUGGUGGCGUCUGCUGCUACAUCAACUGGUGCUCCCAGCAGACCUCUCGAGCGCGGUGGACUCGCGAGGCGUCUGUGGUGCCAACGUGGCGGCCAUACGUUACGUAGACACCUGCGCUCUCAGCGUCGGGUCAACGAGGGCCAACUCCUCCGCGACGGCGGGGCCUUUUGGCACGGAUGCCCGUCACCCGCGUCGCCUUCACGCGCUGCGCGUGCUGCGCGAGGCGCUGUGGUCGUACGAGUUGCUCGCCGAGCAGCACGACGGGGCCGGUCGAAGGCUGGACGAGGCGUGGGCAGCGCUGCAACGAUGGGUGGUCGCGGAUGAACCGCGCUUCCAACCCUCUAGUGAAACAGCCGAGUCGUGGCUGCAGGUGCAAAGCGCAUACGUAGCGUUAGGCAACUGCAUCGAUGAUCUUUGCGGUACCGUGGUGCUGGCCGCCGACUCCCACUCGACGGACUUGUCGUUUUUGCCGGUGAUCUAA